UUUCUCGUUCUCUCAUUUCCAUUAGCAAUCAAUCAAUCACCUUGAGGAAUUCACCAUGGCGAUGGCCGCCAUUGUCAAGCUCUCGCUUCUCGCAACCCUAAUCCUUUUGAUCCUCAGGCCCGCCUACUCGGAGCUUCCUCCGUCGUGCAAGCGCAUCGAGUGCCCUAGCUACGACGUCAUCGACUCCGGCAAAGGGUUCGAGAUUCGGCGCUAUGAUUCCCCUGUUUGGGCCUCCACCGCUCCAAUUCCUGAUAUUUCUCUCCAUGAAGCCACCAGAACAGGAUUUCUCAAAUUGUUCGAUUACAUUCAAGGAAAGAACAAGUACAACGAAAAGAUAGAGAUGACUGCACCAGUGCUCACAGAGGUUUCUCCGAGCGACGGACCCUUUUGUGAAUCAUCAUUUGUCGUUAGCUUCUACGUGCCGAAAGUGAACCAAGCAGACCCUCCACCAGCCAAGGGGCUUCACAUUCAGAGAUGGAAAGAGACAUACGUCGCAGUAAGACAAUUUGGAGGGUUUGUGUCUGAUGCGACAAUUGGAGCUGAGGCUGCUGCGUUGGAUGAGAGUGUUUACGACACAAAGUGGGGAGCAGCUAUCAGCAAGAGCCGUGGCGCUGGCGGUGCUGCCACUUACACAGUGGCUCAGUACAACUCCCCUUUUGAGUUUGAAGGUCGUGUCAAUGAGAUUUGGUUCUUGUUUGAUAUUGAAGAUGCUGCUGCUGCUGCUCAGGCUUAGAAACUGAUGCUGGAAUCUUCAUAUGGGAGGUUCUACACGUUGAUCUUCGUAACUUGGAUUCAAAUGUUCGGGUCUUUCUAAGCGUUUUUCCUUUGGUUGAACUUUUGGUGUGUUCUAUGCUUCUAGACUUCGAUAAAUUUUGUUUUUGCUUCUUGAACUUUGUAGUUCGUUCUAAAAGUGUAAUGACCCAAAUUCCACCGCUAGCAGAUAUUGUCCUCUUUAGGCUUUCUCUUGAAGGGACUAAAAUGCUUAUAUGUGUGGUAUAGUUCGUUCCAAAA